GUGAUAGGUCAACAAGUAAAGUAGAUGAUGAACUGUAGCAAUACAUAUUCAGGAUGACAUCCAAAGGCAAGGAUCUGUAUAAAACGUUCAAGAGGUCAAUAUCAAGUUCAGUCAACGAAGUCCUGAGCUCAACUUCGCAGUCUUCAUCAAGCAGUUCCGGUCCGAAGUAUGGAGGAGGCUCUGGUAAAACAUGGAUCCAUCCUCCAGAUGUUCUGCUGAAUGGACGAGUCGAAUAUAGUGUGAAGUUUUUUGGUUCGCAAGAAGUUAAGGAACCGAAGGGGACUGAGGUCAUUCGGGACGCUAUACACGCAAUUCAGUUUCAGAAUGGGGUGAAACGAUUUGAAUCCACUCAAUCCGGAAAUAAGCUGCAAAAAGUAGACAUACAAGUGAAUGUUGAAGGCGUGACCAUAGUGGAUUCAAAAACAAAAAUGGCUCUGCAUAGAUAUCCGCUUCAAAAAAUUUCUUUCUGUGCGGAUGACAAGCAGGAUAAGAGGAUAUUCUCAUUUAUUGCCAAGAGUGAGUCCGACUCCACGAAACACGAAUGCCUAGUCUUUCUUAGCGAUAAAAUGGCAGAGCAAAUCACUUUGACGGUGGGAGAGGCGUUCGAUCUAGCCUAUAAGCGUUAUAUGGACAAGAAUAAAACUUCUCUGGAAAAUCAGAAACAGGUAUUUGUCCUUCGCAAAAGAAUAGCAGAGUUGGAAGCUGAAAACCAAGUUCUUAGCCAACGUUUGGCAGAGGCUAUUCGAGCAAAUAAAACACCUCAGAUGUCACUGUUGGACGCACCUUCAUUGCCUUCCACGCCAAUGCCCUCAGGUCCACCUCCAGGCUUGGCCAAUAAUUCACUUUACUCUACUCCACACUCAGCUCCCGUAUUGCCUGGCGACCCAUUCCUCAGUGGACUCGUAACUAGCACAUCUCAUAUUCCUACUAUAGUCAAUACUGGCUCUGCUAUCAAUGGGCAUACCAGCGUGACUCCUCAUUGUUCCCCUUCUGGACCUGCUCCUUCGCAAAUUCCACCGCCUUGUCCUGUCCCGACGCUUGCUCCUCCUCCUCCAGUGGCUCCAAGGAGACAGGGGCCGGUCCGUGCUCAUACUGUUCCGGCGCCAGAGGUUGGUCGCCGUUUGCAGAAUCUCGACUUGGAACAUAUGGAAGAUGUUUUUGACGAUUCCUUUGAUCCACGAGCCAACAGCAAGACAAAAGAACAGAAGGAUUAUGAUCCAUUCGGUGAUGAUUUUUUGGAUGAUGUACUACGGACUGGUGAUGCCGCAAGCCGCGCUACCAUUACUCGCGCCGAUGCUUUGCAGCCAACAGCAGAUGAUUUUCAAAAGAUGAUAGACAAAGUCGAUAAGAGGCUGGCGGAAAUGUCUUCUGGUUUUUCUGGAGGAAGACUGGAGACCGGCCAAGUGUCACCAGGUGGAUCGCUUGGCGAUUUUGAAGGUGAGAACGAAUACGGUACCCCCACCGACAAGGUGAACAGCGUGGUGAUGACGGGUAAAAAUUCUUGACCUUCCGCUCUCUUUAUACGUUUGGAGCUUACUGAUUGUAAUGCAGUAUCAGUGUACAUCCCUUACCUUCGCCUUAUGUCCAUAGAGAUCCAUAGACUUCCGUAUGCGACUUAUUCUAGUUGAAUGUGGCCAAAUUUACUUAACUAUGCAUUUUAACUUUGGAAAUACUUCACAUUUUUUGCUGUGAUGUCAUUCUGCUAUGUCCACUUUGUCUCGGAUAUAUUUUCUAUUAUACCUUGCAAUGUGCAUGUUCAUCCUACUUGUGAUUGUAUACUCGGCCCUGUGAUCAACACAGCCUAUAAAGAUAG